AUGGAGACUAUUCAUCGUUUGAUCCUGAAGUUAACUUUUAAGUUAGACUUGAAGUUAGACACUAGGUUGAAGAUCCCCCCACGCAAUGUUGAAAUGUUGCCACGAAAUAAUGCUGAUCCAAAGUCUAGUUUAUGCGAGCAAGCUGUAAAGGGUGGCUUAAAAAAACGUUGUGUAAAGGUGACAACACAAGAGCAGAAGUUUAAGAUCGUGAAUUCAUGCAAUGGACUUCUUUGCCUGUCGGAUCCUACACGGAACAAUCCUCUUGUAGUGUGUAAUCCAGUUACUGGUGAGUAUUUAAAUCUUCCGAAGACACAUGAAUUUAUUGGUAGCAGCUCAGGUCUAGUUCUUGCAGAUUUGGAUUCAGUAACAAGAGCAACCAGAAUAAAAUUCUUAGAAUAUCUGAAGGAAAUCGGGAACUCUGUCAUUGCCCAAUUACAGGUAAAGAAAUCAUCUCAGGAAAGGUUGCUGAAGUACACACAGUUGGAACAGGUUUCUGGAGACAUAUUGGUCAUGCUCCACACUGUUUCUAUGAAAUGA